AUUCUGGGUAACUUGACGUUAGCUCGCCAGCAGACGCAGUGCUGUCAUUUUGGCUAGCAGUGUCAUUAGCCUCUUCUGUCAUGUCAAGAGCAGCCUGUCCCCUCCGGAACCAGAGCAGCUAACAGGCCCGUUUCCUCACACCUCCGUCACCGGCAGCUUCACAGGCACAAAUCUGGGCGGAUAGCAGAAGAGUGAGAUGAAAUGACAACGUCAACAUUACAGAAAGCGAUUGAUCUUGUGACCAAAGCCACAGAGGAGGACAAGGCAAAGAACUAUGAGGAGGCCCUGCGCCUGUACCAGCAUGCUGUGGAGUAUUUCCUACAUGCUAUCAAGUAUGAGGCCCACAGUGACAAGGCAAAGGAGAGUAUACGAGCAAAGUGCAUGCAGUAUCUGGACAGAGCAGAGAAACUCAAGGACUACCUGAAGAACAAAGACAAACAGGGCAAGAAACCUGUCAAGGAGGCGCAGAGCAAUGACAAGAGUGACAGCGACAGUGAGGGUGAGAACCCAGAGAAAAAGAAGCUCCAGGAACAACUUAUGGGUGCCAUUGUGAUGGAGAAGCCCAACGUGAGGUGGAACGAUGUGGCUGGACUGGAGGGGGCCAAGGAAGCCCUGAAGGAAGCCGUCAUCCUGCCCAUCAAAUUCCCUCACCUCUUUACAGGCAAGCGUACUCCGUGGAGAGGCAUCCUGCUCUUCGGUCCUCCAGGGACGGGAAAGUCUUACCUGGCCAAAGCUGUAGCCACCGAGGCCAACAACUCCACCUUCUUCUCCGUCUCGUCCUCAGACCUCAUGUCCAAGUGGCUGGGAGAGAGCGAGAAGCUGGUCAAGAACCUGUUUGACCUGGCUCGCCAACACAAGCCAUCCAUCAUCUUCAUUGACGAGGUGGACUCGUUGUGCGGCUCCAGGAACGAGAACGAGAGCGAGGCUGCCCGCCGCAUCAAGACAGAGUUCCUGGUCCAGAUGCAGGGUGUGGGAAACAACAAUGACGGCAUCCUGGUGCUCGGAGCCACCAACAUCCCCUGGGUCCUAGACGCCGCCAUCCGUAGAAGGUUUGAGAAGCGUAUCUACAUCCCGCUGCCGGAGGAGCCGGCCCGGGCCCAGAUGUUUCGCCUGCACCUCGGCAACACACCGCACAGCCUGAGCGAGGCCGACCUGCGGCAGCUCGCACGCAAGACCGACGGCUACUCUGGAGCCGACAUCAGCAUCAUCGUACGGGACGCCCUCAUGCAGCCGGUCAGGAAGGUCCAGUCUGCCACACACUUCAAAAAGGUUCGCGGUCCAUCCCGUAGCAACAACCAGGUGAUGGUGGACGACCUCUUGACCCCGUGUUCCCCUGGUGAUCCUGCCGCCAUAGAGAUGACCUGGAUGGAUGUGCCUAGUGACAAACUGCUGGAGCCCAUAGUCUGCAUGUCGGACAUGCUGCGCUCUCUGUCCACCACUCGCCCCACAGUCAACACUGAAGACCUGCUGAAAGUCAAGAAGUUCACAGAGGACUUUGGAAUGGAAGGCUGAGAGAGAGAGAGAGUGAGCGAGCGAGAGACACUCCUCUCUCCCCGUUUCCCCUCCAACACACAUAAGGGUCAAACUACAAGGACUACCGCCACCUGUCCCACCCCUCAUUCCCCCCGUCCCCCCAUCCCUCACCCGACUGCCGCUGUACCAUCCUGUAAGCUUUCUGCUCCGCGCGCUUGGUUCACUGCCUUCCAUGGAUUUCAAAGUGUGUAAAUGACAAGGUUGAGAAAUGGUGUGUUCUUUACUUCUAAAUCAUCCGGUCCAGUGUUUUUGAAUCCUUGGAAGAGGCUGACCAGGUGCUAAACAAAGAAAAUCUUGGUGUGAAUUGGUAGAGUUGGACAACAAAAGCCCGUGUCUUUUCCCAUUUCAACAACCUUCCAGUAAACCGUAGCCACUACAGCAUAUUCACUACAAGGAUGGGGAGCGUUUUCCCAUCUCAUCCGCAUUAGCAAGAAGGAAGGUGCGUUUGAAGGUAAAUACAUAGAGUUUGUCCCUCUCUGAGCCCAAACUAUCUCUGACUGAAGGACUGUACAUUUUGUCGUCAUCCUGCACUUUGUUUCGGAUCGCUGUGAAGGAGAGUGAUGCUCGAUAAGCUCCAUAAGAAGAAUCAGAAAGUCCAUGUUCCUGCCAGGCAUGUGGGUGUGUGAAUGCAUCGGUGCAUUAAGUGUUUUUAUUCAGCUUGUGUUUCUUAAUGUACAUGUUUUUAUUUGUUGACAGCUCUGUUUGUUUUUGUUGUUCUGAUGAAUGUGUCUGAUGGUAAUGAAUGAACAUUAGUGGCUCCUCGCUGCCCCGCUGUCCCGCUACAGCUCCUGGUCUACAACUGGCUUUGUGAGCAACAGUGACCCGGGCAAAGCAGGACGUGGGUUUAUUUCAAAUAUUUAUAAAGCUCCAGUAGAGAAGUGCUUGACUGGUACUGACCAAGGUCCGUUUGUUUCAUUUAAAGCAACACUGAACUUUGGUGGCGUGUUGGGUUGUACCUGGGCGUCAUGAGCCUCCCGGGCUGCUAAUCCAUAACACUGUAGUUCUGUUACUUCCAUUGCAAGAAGACCUUCUAAACCAAACGGAUUAUGCCAAUAUAAAAAAUAAGUCCCGCUACCCAUUUUUUAUGGAGAUUAAAUGGCUAUUUUCUUGUUAUUUUUCCCACCAAAAAUUGGAAAGUAGAUCCGGCAGGUCGCAACUGCAGGAAACUUCUGCAUAGUAACCUUGUGCCAGGAAGAAAUCAGUGUCGCAAAUUAUAAUCCAAACCAGGACUUGUCCUUUAUAUUGGCAUAAUCUGUUUUAUUCGUGUUCAUACAUCUGUUAAAAUCGUUAAUUUAGGAGCUGUUCUGCUGCACUGUGGAAGUGAAUGGAGAGAUUAUUGACAUAGUGUAUUGUGGAUUAUCAGCCCAGGGGAGAACAGAGCAGCUAAUGAGGAGAUUUCACCACCAUGUUGUCGUAUUCCCACUCGUCCUGAAAAACCUGGGAAUCCUGGAACUUCAUGGACUAGAAUUCUAGUCAUGGAAAACACCUGGAAAAUUUGAAAGCUCAUAAAAUGUCGUGGAAAUAAUCACGAGACGCUGUAAAAGUUUGGUUGAGAUUAUACCUUCAGACAGUUUUCCCUCACUCAUGCUGCAGAUUUUUAGGGACUGAUGCACCGUCUGUGAGCAGCAGCUAACAUGUAUUAUGGAAGUCACUGAACAUAUCUUUAGAAAAUCCUGGAAUAUGAUUUCCUUUAAAGUAGGAACCCCGAUGUGGACUCCUAACGCCUGGGAACUGUACAACCCAGCAUUCAGUUCAAUUCAAAAUUCAGUUUUGCUUUAAUGAGCUGUUUACUUCAAAAUACAAGAAUGAAAAAAAAAAAAAAAAACACACAGAAGUGGUAAUAGUCUUUGAGAUGUUUUUUUUUUGUCCUCAUCUUUAAAGAUGCACUUUGCAAAGUUGUUGAGGGUGGAGUGGAAUGAGGACCAUUGAGACUUAGCUGACAAAAACAUGGAAUGAGCAGUGUGUCAGAGGUGAUCCAUCGAUCAGAAGUCAACUCUCAGAUUAGGUGCUCGUUCCACAUGUCGGCUGAGUCCAGGCGGCUCAGCAGCUCUGCAUCUUGCAGCAUGUUGUCUGUGAUGUGAUUUUUUUUUUUUUUUGUGCAUUUUCUGUUGAAGUCUGGCUAUCACUGCUCAUGCUGCACGUAUUUACUUACCUUUAAGAAAUAGUGGAGAAUUAUUUAACAGGUGUUCAGUUUUCGUUCCCGUUUUGAACAAAGAAAUCGACACACCUCUGGAGGUUUGAAUAUCUGGAGUUUUUCCAAACCCGUCUGUUUUGCCCAGGCGCACUGUGCAACAGAAACACUAUUAACUUAUUUAUUUUAGCACAGCUACUCUCUCAGCUCAGUGUCGUUUGUCUGACCCAGACCUCGUGCUAGAAGACAUGUUUACACUGUCAGUAUUUCCUCUGUUGAUGUUUCAUGAAGGAGUUCCAUGUCCAUGAGAAGGCAGAGGCUUCUUCUCCGUUGGGAAGCAAUGGGAGGUGCCACUACGAGGCUGACACUACUGUCAUGUUUCAUCACUGUUCUCGCAGGGCUGGCUUUCCCUCUCCCACCAAGCAGCUCACAGUCUCUCUGCUGUAAGCUAACAGCUUGUGGGAAAGUGAGUCCUAGCUGUUACAUCAAGAAGCAGGAUUACCCAGUUAGCCAGAAUUUGAUUUAAUUCAUUAGGUCUGAAAUAAUCUGAAAUUAGAUUUGUGCAGCGGUUUUCUUUGUCAUGUAAUCACACCAACCACUGAACUCUCACUCCAAAUCACAUCAGGUCCAGGUCCAGGUCCAGGUCUGGCUCACUGAGUAAUGUUACUUCUUGAAAUAGCUCAUUGCUAGUGUUGCUGUGUGUUUGUAUAGCUGGAGGUGCAUAUUGGCUCAGUGCAAGGUCAGUUAUUAACGUCCCUGUGGGGACCUAACCUGCCGCUGGCCCAUGUAAUCGUUACUACUAAUUUAACCUGAAUUAAUAAAAACAAACUACAUUUCAAAUGGUAACAGCCA